AUGGGCUUCUGGCAAUGGGCCCAGUUCGUCGGCACGCUUCUAACCGUCGUCUGGUCAGCCAAGCAGACCGCCGGCUACUUCUCCAUGUCGUUCGACGAGGUCAUCGCCGAUCUCAAGGGAGCGCCGUUACCGUUGAACGAGGCCGGCGUCGCAUACUGGAAGAGCAUGCUCACGCCCUACUACGGUGAAAAGAAGGCGCAAAUUCGCGCGCACCUCGCGAUCACGCUCUUCCUCUCGGUCGCGCUCUGUGUGCAGUUCCUGAAGGUGGUGCGCCAGAAGGCGAUCACGGCCCACCGCGUCCUUGGCCGGAUCACGAUCCUCGUCGCCUUGGCCGCUACGCCCGGCUUUGCCAUGCUGAUCGCAGGAAUGACGGAGAAGCCGAUCGCCCAGUAUGCCGAGUACCCGGCCGUCCUCGGAAUCCCUUACUUUGGCAUCCAGGGCGUGCUGCAGGCGCGCAACAAGCAGAUUGCCGACCACAAAGCAUCGAUGAUCAUGUUCGCGUCGUGCUUCUUCUUCUUUGGAGUGCAGCGGCUCGUCUUGAUGGCCAUGGGCCCGCUGCACUCCGGCCCCUGGGCCAGGUACACGCCGCUGGGCCCGUGGAAGGAGUGGAGUGAGAGGGAGUACGACCUCUUUUUCAACCUGAGCAUAGCCGUUGCAUUCCAGAUCACCUUUGGCUGCGCGAUGUACAAGGCAUACAUCGUGCCGGCACAGGCCUUGGCGGCGGCCGCCAAGACCAAGUAGGCGGGCGAUGCUCGCACGGGCCGAGCUCUCGCCAAGCCCUUGGUCGAAGGGCCGGCCAGGGAGCACCACGGUGCAUACCGGCACAGCGGCACGCGCCUGGGUUGCAAGUAUGGAUGGCCCGCCAGGUCCAGCUUGCGAGAUUCGUGCUUGAAUUCGUUUCUCGUCUGCUUUGUGUGUGUGCGCCGCGCGCGUGCGUGUAAACUGUUUGUGUUGUGUGCGAGUGGAUCGUGCGACGUGCGUGUGUGCCGCCUCGAGGCGCAGAGGCCUUUCUCGUCGGUCGUCGCAGUCUAAAG